AUGAGUCAUGGCAAAGCCGGGGCAAGAGAGCACGCGGCGGCUGCACAGCCUGACCAUGCACCCAGCGACAGGAACCUCUUCACGUUGCACUCUCGACAUUUUCGCGCAAGUACAGCGUGUUGGAAUUUACUUCUGAUCGAGCCACUCCUUCAAAGCGCCAAACAGAAGCAUUCUCAGGAAGUCGGAAAUCAUGCAGACAUCAUCCAGAGCUUUGGUAACACCAUGGUCCGCGACGACAAGACCUAUCCUUCUAAAAACGAAGUGGGUUUCGCUGCAUGGCUCGCUCAACCAGAGACGCAAGGUGGUCUGGUAAUUGCACUGUUGCAACCAGCUAAGACACAGAUCUACACUGAAGACUUUCAGUGGGUUAAGGACGAAAGUCCUACGCUAGCUUAUCUUCAGGAGUCGCUGGCAUUUGUAAACGGCCCGGGAAGUCUCGCGUCCACAAGCGUCUUCGAUGCUUUCCCGUUCAUCACCGAGACAAUAUCUUCGGAAGCAUUGUCGAAAGAAGCGACGGAUGCCUAUAACACAUUCGUUACCAUGCUGGUGGCCAAAAAGCCAGAGGUCGUUUUUGCCUGUUGGCGAGUUAAAGACCAGAACCUCUCCUUCUCCGGCAAAGGGCUUGGUCGGGUCAAUCAAGUAGAGAGGUUGACACUCUCCAAUGGGCAUGUCGUCCACGUCGUGAACGGAUUCCAUCCCAGCUAUAUGGCCAACUUCUAUCCAAAUGAAAGCUGCUUCCGGAGGCUAUUUUCUAUGGAGUUGUGCAAGGCUUUUUGUGAGCUUAACGCAACUUGGCAAGAAGAUGAAUGGAUGGAUGUCCUUCGAUGGAGAUGCCGAGAACGAACCCGCCAAUUAAUGGAAGAGAGGGCCAGUGCUAGCGAACAGCUUAAUAGAGAAUGUGGCCGCGUCCUUCGAAGAUCACGGAAAGGCGAUGCUGCUAGAACACACAUUGCAUACGCUAAAUCAUUUGACAAUGGCCUGCGGCGUCUCAAACAGACCUUUGACCAUAUGAUUUCCCCAACCUAUAAAUCUCAGAGCUCGUGGGAUCUUUACAUCUUUUUCGUCUCCCACGAGCAUACAUCAGAAGGGAUCUGUGACGCUCUACUGGCUGUCUCCGAGGCUAUGAAACGGUUCAAGCCUGGUUCUUCCAUGCCAGACGCUUCCCUCGUAGAGCUAAGCAAUCAUAUUGGUCAGCAAACUCUCAAGUUUCUUAAGGAUGAUAUCCCCGAUCUUUUGCAGUUUCCCAGGGGCUUACACAAAAAUCUCUGGAGUUCCCAGUUUGCGACAAGUACAUCUCAAGGGUUGAAGUGGAGCGUGGAAAUGACUACAAUAACAUUUAUCGAGAACCUUACCAAUUCAUUCUCAGAAUCAUCGAGAUUAUGGACAUAUACUCCGGACCUUCUUCACGACGCUUUCAAGGAAAUUGCAAUCAGCUUUGAGGAGUCUUUAGGAAAAGAGUACACCAAUCGUCAACAAACCGGGAACUCAACCGGCAGUAUGGAAGCCCAACCCUCCAAUGCUGCUGGAACUUCCAUCUUCGACGGUUCAGAUGUCGAGAAUUUGUCCUUCACAUCGGAAACAACGAAUAUGCGUGACGAAGUCAGCUAUUGGUUUGGUCAGAAAUACUUCGAGUGUGUCAUCUCGCAGCAAGUCCUUGAAGAUUGCGGUCCCUCCGACAAGCCCUCUGAAGUGGAUUCUCGACUUUUCCAUCACAUGCGAGAUUUCCCGUAUGACACGUGUCUCUCGUCACUCGCUGAGAGUCAUCCAAUGGAGCGGUUGAAUCGUUUCGAGCUGUCAGCAAGGGAUCCCCGCACAAGGCUACUGGUCCUGGUAGGUUGGAUCAUCCACGAAGGGUCAGAGCGCGCGAAGCAUCAGAUGUUGCAAACCGUGAGAUCCUUUUAUCCGGACCAGAAACGCAGGUAUAGAAAGAGGUCGAGAUCGGCAAGCAACAGCCGUGAAGCAGAAUUUCGUGCCACACCUAGCGCUCCGGUAAACCCUGGUCUUUACAGCGCCGCUGUGAAUAAUCACGGCAUGAAGAUUGGGGUCAAACCGUUGUACAGUAUGGAACAGCUAUCAUCGGAUCCUAGUCUCUGGAAGACGAUCUUGUCUUUCAAGGGCCGUACGUUUGAAGGUACGGCUGCAAGUUCGAAACUGGCGCAGCACGAAGCUGCGAGACAAGCGUGCAGAGUUUUCAAGCUGCAAGUGUGA